AUGCUGAUGGACGCCUACCGCGACGAACGUCCCGGGAUUCGCAUCGCCUACAGGACGGACGGUCACCUGCUGAAUCAACGGCGGAUGCACUUCCAAUCACGCGUAUCCACAACAACCGUUCACGAACUUCUCUUCGCCGACGACUGCGCCCUGAACACCACCUCAGAAGAGGAGAUGCAACGGAGCAUGGACCUGUUCUCCGCCGCCUGCGAGAACUUCGGUCUGGUCAUUAACACGCAGAAGACAGUGGUGAUGCACCAACCGCCACCCAACUCAGCCACAGCCCCCAACGCGUCGCCGCAAAUCAGCGUGAAUGGGACCCUACUGCAAGUGGUGGAGAACUUCCCGUACCUGGGCAGUACUCUCUCCCGCACCACCAAGAUUGAUGACGAAGUCGCCAACAGGAUCUCGAAAGCCAGUCAAGCCUUCGGCCGUCUCCAAAACAGAGUUUGGAAUCGUCACGGUCUUCAAAUGAACACGAAGCUGAAUAUGUACAAGGCCGUCAUCCUGUCGACGCUACUGUACGGAGCAGAGACCUGGAAGGUGUACACGAGGCAGGCACGCCGUCUGAACCACUUCCAUCUCAGUUGUCUUCGUCGCAUCCUGCGGCUGAACUGGCAGGAUCGCAUCCCCGACACUGAUGUGCUGGAACGAACGGGAAUGCUCAGCAUCUACUCCAUGUUGAGACAAAUGCAGCUGCGCUGGAGCGGCCACCUGGUGCGCAUGGACGACGAGCGGCUACCCAAACGACUCUUCUACGGAGACGUCGCGACGGGUUCUCGUCGUCAAGGAGGCCCAAUUCGUCGAUACAAGGAUACCCUGAAGUCCUCCCUGAAGCUACUGCAAAUCAACCCGACCAACUGGGAAGAGCUCGCCUGCGAUCGUCCGGCAUGGAGGAGAACAGUGAAGACGGGCGCUGCUAUCCAUGGAGCCAACCGCAUCGCCGCCGCCAAAGCGAAGCGCUAA